UUCAGAAUAUCAACUUCCGCUUUCCCCUGGUGUUUGCUAACUACAGAUCAUUUUAUGUACUGUUUCUCCAUAUUCUGACUCAAAGCGACUGAAAUUUAAUUUUUUCAAUGCUUUAUUGCUCUCCUUUGUUUUUCAUCCUUCUAAAUGUAUUCUGACGCCGCAUUGUUAGCUUGAUUUAGCAUUUUAGCAGAGGUAGGCUAACAGCACCGACUGUUAUGUCCAUGUAAACAUCCAUCCGGAGGUUCGUUUCUGUUUAACAACCUUCAUCCCCUGGGUUUAACUCUGCAUCAUGAAUCUGUCGUCUCUAAUGUGAUCUAAUGAUGCCCCUGGCUCCUGCUAACCAGUCCCAGCUGAUCCGGUCCAGUCAGAAGGAUGAAUAUUACCAAAGCUUCCUGAGAAACAACGCCAACGAGGCUUUCCAGACUCUGGCAGGAUCUAAAAGAUGGCUGGACUGGAGGAGAGAGAUCGAGCUGCUGUCAGAUCUGGCCUACUAUGGAUUAACCACAUUCUCAGGUUACCAAACUUUGGGAGAAGAGUACGUCAACAUCGUCCAGGUCGAUCCCAGCAAACAUCAGAUCCCAUCUCGGGCCAGACGAAGCCUCCUCAUCCUCUGUCACGCCUUCUUUCCCUACCUCCUGGAUAAGGUGCUGGUGGGUCUGGAGAACGAGCUGGAGGCCGGGCAGGAGAGUGGCAGCGCCGUCAGUCGUAGGCAGACGGCGUCCUGGAGGUGGGGUCUGGAGUUCUGGUUGAAGACGUGGAUCCAGAAGGCCGUGGGGCUGCUGUCAGAGCCACAGAAGAAAGCUUGUCUGCCGGUCGUGUUUGUCCUCCAGCAGAGCCUGACCCUGCUGCACCGCCUGCAUGUGGCGCUGUUCUACAUCAGCGGCUCGUUCUAUCACCUUUCCAAGAGAGCGGCGGGUAUCAGAUAUCUGCGUGUGAUGGGGAUGAACGGCGAUGACGGGACCAUCAGGAGCAGCUACAGACUGCUGGGAGCCGUCUCCCUCCUCCAGCUGUUCAUCACCGUUUGUCUGCAGCUCAACAACUUCAGACAGAGACAGAGAGCCAGGCAGGAGUGGAAGCUCUACCGGAGCCUCAGUCCUGAGCACACACAAAGCUCCGCCUCCAGAGCAGCUCGCUGCAUCCUCUGCCUGGAGGAGAGGAGACACUCCACCUCCACCCCCUGCGGACACCUCUUCUGCUGGGAGUGCAUCACUGAGUGGUGCAACACCAAGGCCGAAUGUCCUCUGUGUCGGGAGAAGUUCCAGCCUCAUCGCCUGGUUUACCUGAGGAACUACAGGUAGAUCUACAGAUCUACAGACACAGUUCUCAGGGACACGUGGAGAUAAACUCUGCUCUCUGCCAACAAACCCUCAUGUUCUGUGAUUUGUUCCCCUCAUUAAUCGCCUCUUCAGAUGUAGAAAAGUCACUGAUUGAAGAUUAUUUUUGAUUGUAUCAGUCAGAGAAUGUAAAUAUAAUUAAAAUUUUAAUAUAAAAUAAUAAAAUGUGUAAACUGUU